AUGAAGUUAGCAUCAGCCUCAGCAGUGGCUGUCUUUUUGGCAGCUGCUACCAAUGCCCAAUCUUAUGGGGCCAACGGUAGCUCUGAUAGCCCGAUAUAUAAGAACCCGAAUGCAACGAUAGACGACAGGGUUUCGGACCUUCUCAAGCGCAUGACCAUCGAGGAAAAGACAGCUCAGCUUCUUCAAGGAGAUAUCCGUGACUACCUGAACCUUACCGAUGCAUCUUUCAACGCAACCGGUCUUGAGUGGGUAGCCGGCAAGCGGGCAAAUUCGAUAUGGACUGGCCUCUACACGACCCCUGAGACGGUAUCUCUCGGCGCGCGCCUGGCCCAAGACUACUUUGUCCAUAAUACAUCCCUGGGAAUACCGGCCUUUAUUCAGAGCGAGGGCAUCCACGGCUUCCUCGCCCUCAAUGCCACGAUAUUCAACUCGCCCAUAGCCCACGGCUGCUCGUGGAAUCCAGAGUUGGUGGGCAAGAUGGCCCGAGCCAUUGCGCUCGAGUCCCGCGCCCUCGGGGUCAACCAGAUAUUCGCACCCGUCGUCGACCUCGCGCGGGAGCUCCGGUUCGGCAGGGUCGAGGAGUGCUACAGCGAGGACGCGUUCCUGGCGGGCGAGUACGGAUACGCAUACGUCAAGGCCAUGCAGGCCGAGGGCGUCUGCGCCCAGGUCAAACACUUUGCCGCCUUCGCCACGCCCGAGCAGGGAAUCAACACGGGUCCCGUGCACGGCGGGCCCCGCAUGCUGCGCACCACGUACCUACCGGCCUUCAAGAGAGCCAUCAUCGACGCCGAUGCUUGGAGCGUCAUGUCGUCUUACAACUCGUACGACGGCGUGCCGACCGUGGCGGACAGGUCCCUGCUCACGGGAAUUUUGCGAGAUGAAUGGGGUUACGAGUACUAUGUGAUAUCCGACGCCGGUGGGACUGCUCGGUUGGCCAACGCUUUCCACGUCUGUGGCGCCGCCGACGAUGCUUGCAUCACCACCAAGACCCUGCCCGCCGGCAACGACGUCGAGAUGGGGGGUGGACGGUACAGUUUCCAGCAUAUCCCUGAGCUGGUCGCCAACGGCAGCCUUUCGGAAGAGGCUGUGGACCUGGCCGUUGCGCGCUCGCUCAGGGCCAAGUUCGCUGCUGGCCUGUUUGAGCACCCCUACACCGGGGUUCCUGACGACGAGAUCCUUGACCACCUCAACACGGCGGAGCACAAACAGAUUGCUCGCGAUCUCGAUGCCGAGAGCAUCGUCCUGCUCGAGAACCACAACAACACCCUUCCCCUGAAGAAGAAUGCCCGAGUAGCCGUGAUAGGGCCCAUGGCGCAUGGAUACGUCAACUACGGCGACUACGUCAUCCACACGGCGAUGGAGCGGGGCGUGACGCCCUUUGACGGCAUCAAGGCCCUGGUGGAGGAGGCCGGCGGCAGCGCCACCUUCUCACAGGGCUGCGAGCGUUGGUCCAACGACGAGACCGGAUUCGCCGAGGCCGUGGCGGCGGCGACCUCUGCAGACGUGGUCGUUGUCGUGGUCGGGACCUGGUCGCGCGAUCAGGACGAGCUCUGGCAGAACCUGAACGCCACGACGGGCGAGCACAUCGACGUCCACAACCUCGACCUGGUGGGCGCCAUGCCGCGGCUGGUGCGCGCCGUCAUCGAAACGGGCCGGCCGACCGUCGUCGUCUUCAGCUCCGGCAAACCCAUCACGGAGCCGUGGAUCUCGACCGACGCCGCCGCGCUCGUGCAGAUGUUUUACCAGGGGCAGGAGGGCGGCCACGCGCUGGCCGACAUCUUGUUUGGCGAUGUCAACCCCAGCGGCAAGCUCUCGGUUGCUUUUCCGCACGACGUCGGCACCACCCCGGUUUACUACGACUAUCUAAACUCGGGGAGGCAGGCGUCGCCGGGGAGGACGCAUGCGAAUGGGAGUAUGACUUUUGGGCAGCAGUAUGUCUUGUCGACGCCAAUGCCGCUUUAUGAGUUCGGUUAUGGUCUCUCCUACAGCAACUUCACCUACUCAAACCUGACCAUUUCAUCCUCGAACCCGUCGGCCAAGGACACCAUCACCGUCACGCUCAAGGUCACCAACAACUCUGAACGCGACGGCAAGGAGGUGGUCCAGGUGUACGUCAAAGACCUCUUGGCCAGCGUCGCGGUGCCCAACAUGCAGCUGCGCGGGUUCUGGAAGGGCACGGUGAAGGCCGGCCAGACAGAGACGGUGUCGAUAGAGUUACCCGUCGGGAAUUGGGGCUUGUGGGACUACGAGAUGAAGUACGUUGUCGAGCCGGGCGACUUUAGGAUCUUGGUCGGUGCGUCCAGUCUGGAUGUGCGGCUGAACACGACCGUCACCGUGGCGUAG